AUGGAUGGAACCAAUGAGAGCACCCAAGGACAUUUCAUCCUUUUGGGGUUUUCUGAUCGCCCCCAAUUGGAGAGGAUUCUCUUUGUGGUCAUACUGGUGGCCUAUCUCCUGACCCUGGUGGGCAACACCACCAUCAUCCUGGUGUCCAGGCUGGACUCUCACCUCCACACUCCCAUGUACUUCUUCCUCACGCACCUGUCCUUCCUGGACCUCUGCUUCACCACCACCUCCAUCCCCCAGCUGCUCUAUAAUCUGCAUGGGCCAGACAAGACCAUCAGCUACACAGGCUGUGCCAUCCAGCUCUGCAUGUUCCUGGGACUUGGUACUGUUGAGUGUGUGCUCCUGGCUGUCAUGGCGUAUGAUAGGUUUGUUGCAGUCUGCAAGCCCCUGCACUACAUGGUGAUCAUGAACCCAAGGAUCUGCAUGGGUUUGCUGUUGUUGACUUGGGUGGUAGGGGUGGCCAACUCCUUAAUCAUGCCCAUUGUUUCAAUGCAUUUGCCUCGAUGUGGGCACAACAGAGUGAACCACUUUCUAUGUGAAGUACCUGCUCUCAUCCGGAUAGCAUGCAUCAAUACAGCUGCAGUAGAAGGUUUUGUCCUUGUCCUGGCAGUAAUCAUUGUGUUAAUACCCCUAACAUUUAUCCUGAUCUCCUAUAUCUGCAUUGUGAGAGCUGUGUUACAGGUCCGCUCAGGAUCAGGCUUACAAAAGGUCUUCAACACCUGUGGCUCCCACCUCACAGUGGUCUCUCUUUUCUAUGGGAACAUCAUCUACAUGUACAUGCAACCAGGAAACAGCUCUUCCCAGGACCAGGGAAAGUUCCUCACCCUCUUCUAUAGCAUUGUGACCCCACUGCUGAACCCCCUGAUUUACACCCUGAGGAACAAAGAGGUGAAAGGGGCCCUGAGAAGACUGCUGUUCCGUAACCGAGAGGGUGGAAAGGAAUAAAAGUUAAAGA